AUGACGGUCAAGACUUCCUUCAAACCCAGGCUUGAUGAGGUGCGGCAAACGGUUGAAGGCUACAUUCGGGGUCUGUCAAACGACCUGUACACGUUAAGCAGACAGAUCCAUGACCAGCCCGAGAUCGCAUUCCAAGAGUUCAAAGCCCAGAAACACAUUUCCACGUUCCUCCAGUCACACGGCCACCACGUGCGACAAGGAGCAUACAAUCUGCCCACAGCGUUCGAGUCAAAGCAUGGCUCGGGAGGUCGUUGCGUAAACUUCAAUGCCGAGUACGACGCCCUGCCUGGCCUCGGUCAUGCUUGUGGACAUAACUUGAUUGCGACGGCUGGUGUUUCGGCCUACCUGGCAUUAUCAUUUGCCUUGGACAAGUAUGGCAUUCAAGGUAGGGCGCAGUUGUUGGGUACGCCGGCUGAGGAAGAUGGCGGAGGAAAGAUCCUUUUGCUUGAGGCGGGAGCGUACAAAGGUGUCGAUGUCUCUCUCAUGAUUCACCCAAUCACUGAAGCCGAGUUCCGACACCAAGGCACCCUUGGCUCAACCGGCUCAAGCUCCAUCGCAGUAACAGACUUGAUCGCAGAGUAUCGAGGCACCAGUGCCCACGCCUCAGCAAAUCCAUGGGAUGGCGUCAAUGCCCUGGAUGCUCUCGUUGGGUCGUACAACAACAUCUCAAUGCUGCGGCAGCAGAUAAAGCCCGACGAACGCAUACACGGCUGUAUCAUGGAUGCGCCAAAAUUCACAAACGCUAUCCCAGAAUGCACAAUAGUCAAGUACUCGAUUCGAAGUGCUAAGAUCAAGACUCUCGAAAAGCUGUCUCAGCGUGUGCGAAGUUGCAUCGAAGCAGGCGCGACGGCAACGGGCUGUGAGGUUGUCGUCACAGAGGAGCUAGCGUACGCGGAUCUAUGGGUAAACAAGCCUCUGAGCCUGCUUUUCAAGCAACAGAUGGAUGCCCUAGGUGUUCCCGUAUCUGUUCCAGCAGAGGGUGAUACUAUCGGCGGCUCGACGGAUAUGGGUAACGUCAGUCAAGCAGUGCCUGGGUUGCAUGCCAUAAUCGGCAUACCCGCGCCUCCAAGUACUUCUAUUCACAGUCGAGCCUUUUCAGAAGCUGCCGGUACUAUCAAAGCGCAUGAGAGGAUUAUGGAGGCUGCUAAGGCAAUGGCUCUGACGGCGUGGUCCAUUCUUGUGGAAGAGGGUGUGUUUGCGCAGAUUGAAAGGGAUUUCCAAGACCGAUGUUCACAGGCGUAG